GUCGAUAUUAGCAUCUACAGUUUUCUUGUUUCAACUUAGUGUGUAUUCAACGACUUCAAACUACGCUUUCAUACAUCAAAUCGCUUAGUAAUUUUGCAACUCUUUUGAUCACAAUGUCUUCUGCCGAAGAAAGAGUCAACGCCAUGCGUGGCUACAAGGCCACCCUCAAUAACCCCAGAGUCUCGGACGAGGCCAAGCAAAACGCCCAGUCGAUGCUCGACCAGCUUGGUGGUGACCAGCCUAGUCAUGACCUCUAUGCCGAGAGUGGUGAACAGAACAAGGAUCCGAUGAGAGUAAAUGCUGGACUCAAAGCUGCCGCACAGAAUCCUAAUGUAUCGGACGAAGCAAGGCGCAGUGCUGCCGAGAGAGUUGGCGAGAACCCUGAGGAGUGAAUCAGAAUCAUAUGAAAUUUGAUGUUUUUGUUGUAAUUAUAUGUGGGAAUUUGAAUGAUAAUUGAUGUUGCUGUAUUA